AUGUCGUGCCUUACCUGCAGCAACUGCGGAUUCCUCAAUUUCCCUCCUCCCGAACCACAGCUAAAAGCUAUCCAGAACUCUGAUGGCAUCAUUUCGGAAAUUCUGCGUGGCUUACGACCAUUGUUCGACUCUGACCAUGCCUUGAUCAACGCGCAAAUCGAAGAGUUGGAGAGGCUGGAAUCCUCGUAUAAUGCUCAACUUCAAGAGAUCCAGUUGCGUCACCAUACGAUCUUGAAAGCCCUGGAAAAUCGCAAGUCCAUUUAUGCCCCCAUUCGUCGCCUCCCCCGAGAUAUUGUCAUUGAAAUCAUCCAUUCUGUUUGCGACUCUUGGUGGCAGGAUGAAAACGGAGAAGAAAAACACUGUGAUAAUAGUCUAGACAUGGCUGGGCCCAUCUGGGUCUUAGGUCGUGUCUGUGGGCUUUGGAGGGAUACAGUAUACAUCUCGCCCGUAUCUUGGGCUCGGAAUAUCCUAGUGAGGGCCCCUUUUUCUAAGCAUGCCUGCGAGAUUUGGAAGACAUAUCUCAAACAAACCGGCCAACAUCCUCUCAGUAUGCGGAUCUCCUUAACCAGAACCAAGCUGGCAAACGCCAACGAAAUAAUGUCCCUACUUGUUCAAUCCUGCCAACGCUGGAAGAACCUGUACAUUACCUCCCUCAUGUCUCAUACGCACCACCCGAAAUCUAUAUCGCACCUUCCCGUCCUGCAGACGUUUCAAAUAAAUAUCUGGGAUGACAGCGACGAUGUUUAUCGCUUGGACAUGUGCUUGAAUGCCCCGCAGCUAUGGAAAGCAUCCCUUUCACUCAUGGGGAUCCAUCAAGUGCAGUUACCGCUCGGGAUAACUCAUUAUUCCGGACGUAUCACUUGUGCGGAAGAUUUACAACUCCUUUCCCAGCUACCCAAGCUCAGAGUGUGUCACUUCUGGCCCACUCAGCUGUUGCUAGCCUUAAUUGCGGUGCCGGUAAUUAUGACGGAGCUCUGCCAGCUCUAUGUGGACGAUAUACAUGCCCUCAAGCUCCUAACGGCACCGAGGCUCCAACGUCUGAGCAUUUCUGCAGGUCCAUCGCAACCAUUGUCCGACCUCAUCCCUUUCUUCUGUCGAUCGGGAUGUCAUCUCAAGAGCCUGGGUAUGUGCUUGACGGCGUUGUCGUCGGCAUCAAUUAGGAACAUCUUCUUAUCUGAAGCAUGUUUUACGAUCUCUCACUUCAAAAUUGAACUUGACUCGCGAACGAUAACCAUUAGCAAUGCCCUCGCCCCUCCCUCCGUCCUGCCCAAUCUGCACCAUCUCGUCCUCUGCUUCAUGGAUCCGAAUUUCUCAAGGAGAGAACAGUUUGCCCUACUCGAUAUGAUCAGAUCUCGCCGUGAUACAGGACUGCUGAAAACAAUUGAAGUGCAGUUCUAUGAUGACCUGCAUCAGGACAAUGUUCAUGGUAUGGAAGCGGAUAUCCGAGUACUCACUGGCGACAAUUUAAAGAUGCGGGUCGAGCAGCGGGUCCCAUUGUAUUUGGACCACUUGAGGUUAUUUUACUCGCGAGAACAUGAUUGA